AGGAAAGAGGGGGAGGACAGAAAGAGAUGAGGUGAGUGAUUGUGCCUUGCCACACAGACUUGAAGUGCAUUCUCCCUUGGAGACAGUAGCGAUGCUGGAGCUUUGCGUACCAGUGCAACUGUAGAGUCUCCACUUCACUCCCACUGAGCUGUGUAGCUAACCGGAGAGAAGGACAGCAUCAGGGACGUUGAGAACGCUGGACUGGAGACUUCCAGAAAGUGUGGACCGAAGACGAAGAGUGGUCUGCUAACAGGAAGGGGGCUUUGAAGUGUGUGGAGACGAAGCAGUCAGCAUUCUGAGAAUGCACCAAGGUAGCAGAGGGAGCUGCUGAGUGUUUUGGCUUGUGCACCCGCAUUCACACACCCACACACACCUUCCACUGGAGGACAGUGUGUGGUGCCCCCAGUGGAGAAUGAAGAAGCACUCGGCCCGAGUGGCUCCUCUAAGCUCAUACAGCACGCAGGUCCUGACCUGCCCCAACUCUGAAGGAGAGGAUGGUUCAGAGUCUCGACCAGAGACCCCAGCCAGCGACAUCAGCAUAGAGAGUCGGUCCUACCAGACAUGUGCCAACACAGCUCUGAAGGUGCUGGGUGGUCUUCUGAUGGUGCUGUGCGUGUCCUCCUCCUGGGUGGGUACCACCCAGGUGGUGAAGCUGACCUUCCAGUCAUUUUCCUGUCCCUUCUUCAUCUCCUGGUUCAGCAGCAACUGGAACAUCCUCUUCUUCCCCAUAUACUACUCUGGACAUGUUUUUACCACAGGCGAGAAGCAGACUCCCAUUCAGAAAUUUAGGGAGUGCAGUAAACUCUUUGGGGAGGAUGGAAUGACUCUCAAGUUGUUUGUGAAGAGGACAGCACCCUUCUCCAUCCUAUGGACACUGACCAACUACCUUUACCUCUUAGCAUUGAGGAAACUGACUGCCACUGACGUCUCGGCCCUCUACUGCUGCCACAAAGCCUUUGUCUUUCUCCUCUCAUGGAUCGUUCUCAAGGACCGGUUCAUGGGUGUUCGGGUCUGUAUGAAAUAUAGAGACAGUUUAUACAACUGUGUGUGUUUGGCUCUGAUGGUUGUUAUUCUCUAUGGACAGAUUGUUGCUGCCAUAAUGGCCAUCACAGGUAUAGUCAUGAUGGCUUAUGCAGAUGGUUUUCAUGGCGAUUCAUUUGUGGGUGUAGCCCUGGCUGUGGGCUCUGCCUCAACUUCAGCUCUCUAUAAGGUUCUGUUUAAGAUGUUCCUUGGCAGCGCUAACCUUGGAGAGGUUGCUCAUUUUAUUUCAACAAUGGGCUUCUUCAACCUUAUUUUCAUCUCCUGUGUUCCCCUCAUCCUCUACUUCACCAGGGUGGAGCACCUGGGCUCCUUGUCUUCACUACCCUGGGGUUACCUGUUUGGACUGGCAGGACUGUGGCUGGUCUUUAAUAUUCUGGUCCAUGUCGGCGUGGUGCUGACUUACCCCAUCCUCAUCUCCAUAGGGACACUGCUCAGUGUGCCUGGAAAUGCAGCUGUAGAUGUUUUGAAACAUGAGGUGAUCUUCAGCGUGGUGCGGCUGGCUGCCACCUGCAUCAUCUGCCUGGGGUUUCUCCUCCUUCUGCUGCCAGAAGAGUGGGACUCAGUCACCCUUCGAUUCCUCGCCAACAUUGCUGACAAGAAGUCCGAGGAAAAUGGAGAGGAACUGACAGAGUCCAGUGGCCAGACUCGAAGUCGGAGUCGAGCAAACGGCACUGUCUCCAUUCCCUUGGCAUGACACGGCUGGAUUCUCAUGAUAACAACAGUUAGCAAAUCCCUUGUGUUUCCUCUCUGAGGUUCUGGCAGAAAGCUCAGUCUGUGUGAACUUCUCAUUCAGGAGGACAGCAUCGACUAAGUUGAAAUGUAAUCUUUACUUUGCAUAAGUACCCCUGUCACUUCACAAACGGGGAGGAGAACACUUAUGGAUCAUGCAAACCAGAAAAAGGCUGAAACUGGUAUUUACUGUGGAAAUAGUUGCAAUGUUCCAUCUUAUGUCCUGCACGCACCCAAAGCAAGAGCUGACUGGCUUCUCCUAAUAUGCUCUCCAGACUGUAUUCUGUGAAUAUAAAUUUUGGCAGGGCCAGUUUGGCUCAAAAUAUUUCUAUUUAUUUAAAUUUGUUCAAGCCAGAGUAUUGAUUUUAAGUCUAAGCAGUCUUACUGACAAGAAUGGCUAUUAUACUGUGCAUAAUGCAGAAGCGCUUUGGUUUUUAUAAUAAAAGACUUGAAACCUUUGGA